UUCUUCAUAAAUCAAACCUGAAAAAGAAAGUUGGAAGUCUUAGAAGGUUUAAGAAUUAAGAUAGAGAGAGAAAACAACAACGUAAGAAGGAGAGAGAAGCCGUGUUCUUUAAAACGGGCAAUUUCUUUCUAACUUCCUCCACUUCUAGACCAUUUCUCCUCUCUCUUUCUUCUUCAUUAUUAAGUCUUCUUAUCUUUCUUAUUUUCUUAACAACUUAAUUUUCUACCAAAUAUCCCGCUUUUUUCAAUUUCAGUUUGUUGCUGUGCUGCUUCAGUUUUGGAUCGGGAUAAUUUCCAGAAACAUUGUACAGUCAUUUUUCGCUGUGAAACCUGACCAUUUCUGUUCAGUACUUUCGUACAUAACAUACAAUUUUUGGGAAUGAUUGGUAUAAAGAACUCACCGUUACAUAGGUUUGCUAAGCCUAGCUCAGCUCGCUCGAAAGUUCCUAGUAAUGCGAGCUCUAAUCCUUUUGAUUCAGAUGAUGAGUCUGAUAGGAAGCCGAAGCAAGGAUCUGCUACAAAACCUCCUUCUGCACCGCCAAAAGAUUUACCAAAUUCUAGCAUGACUAACCCUUUUGAUGAUGACGUUGAUAAUCGAGAGAGAGAAGAAAGUUCAUCCACCUCUAAGUAUUCCUUCACCUAUGCACAAAGAAACAAAUACAAGAACGAUUUUUAUGAUGCAGGUGGUGUGGAUAAUCAAAGUGUGGAAGAUUUGGAACAUUAUGCUGCGUAUAAAGCUGAGGACACAACAAAGAGUGUUGAUAACUGUUUGAGGAUUGCUGAGGGCAUAAGAGAUGAUGCUACCAAGACGUUAGUCACUCUUCAUCAGCAAGGUGAACAGAUUAGAAGAACCCAUGAGGAGGCUGCCAGUAUGGACUAUGAUCUAAGUCGGGGGGAGAAGCUUUUAGGAAGUCUUGGAGGGCUGUUUUCUAAGACUUGGAAGCCAAAGAAGACUGCUCCAGUCAAAGGCCCUAUUAUGCUGAGAGCAGAUGAUCCUGUUUGGAGUAAAGGUAGCCAUUUGGAACAGAAGGAGAGGCUGGGAUUGACAUCUACCAAGAAUGGACGCUCAAAGUCUAGGACUCCACCCCCUGAACCCACAAAUGCAUUGCAAAAAGUUGAGGCGGAAAAGGUGAAGCAAGAUGAUGCCUUGUCAGAUUUGAGUGAUCUGUUAGGCGAGCUGAAGGUUAUGGCACAGGACAUGGGAUCUGAGAUUCAGCGGCAAAACCAUUCAUUAAACCACGUUGAUGAUGAUGUUGCAAUCUUGAAUGAUAGAGUUAAAGAUUCCAACCAACGUGCACGCCGGUUGCUUGGGAAAUGAUGAGUUUAGCUUGCGACAUGGUAACUUCAACCCAAGGAUGCCCUUUCAGUUUAAUGGCCUUCCUAAAUUUCUUGCUGUUUGGGUAAUUGGGUUUGUCAAACGAUUGUGAAUCAGGGAGGAGGAUUAUUUGAAAAAACAUUUUUGUAUGUGCACUAUGUCUGUAUUUGAUAUUUAUAUUAGCUCGUGAAUAAUGAAAAAUAUCGUAAAGUAUCAUUAUCCAGUGACAAA